AUGCACCAAUUCCAUCCUCGUUUUAACCUUGCCUUGCUUGAUUCAGCUCUAUAUCCACCCGCUUGCCCGCCCGCCGAAGAAGUCGCCAUCGGUCACAUGUCAGACAUACCCUCAGCCACACGGGCGAGCAAAGCUUGUGAAGCUUGUCGAGUGCGCAGAAGACGGUGCGACGGUGAUCAGCCAUGCUCGACAUGCCGCCGAUUAGGGGCAGGUAGUGGAUGCGUCUUCCGAGCCAAGUCAAGACCGACGAGGACACUACCUGUGGCCCUGCGUGGCUCAGCGAGCGAUGCUCCGUCGUCGUCCAGCCAUGACCCACAAGCUUCGACCUCAAACACUCGACCACUGUCGCUUCCGUCGAUACAGGCUCAGGCGUCGAGCAGCUGGCAGGUGCCUGUCGGGGAAGCGGAUCCUCGGGGGACGGCCAACUAUUUCUGCGACGAGAUCGAGGACAGGGUGACUUCGUGGGUUCAGCAGAUGGGCUCUCAUUCGUCCGUCCGACUACCUCCUCAAUCUGUACUUGCACCUUUUCUCUUCGGCCCAUCUCCUCCCCUACCGGGUACGAGGCGGACGCGCGAAUCCGCCAUCGACACCUUUUGCGAUACGAGUCUCGCCCUCUUCGAGCCCAUCGUCACUCGCUCUGAUCUCCGGUUCAUGUGGAUGCGGUGUGAAGACUUUUGGGAGACAGGCAUGGUGGCCCCGCCGAACCCCGACGAGGAGAUGACGGUUCUGGCGGCGAUCGGGCUGGGUCUGAAGGUCGAGAAGCAGCUGGGAGAUAGUGACGAUAUGGGGGACCUGGCUGUAUAUCGUUUGUGCCUGGACGUGGCGGAUCGUCAUCCGGAUAUGUGCUCGGAGCUGGCGCUUGUCGCACUACUCAUCCUCAACUUUUCAGCUAUACAAAGCGGAGGACCCGUUGAGAAUCGCUCGAGCGUCAGUCGAAUGGUCGACCAGCUGUUUCGUCUGGAGUCGCGGCGUCCUGCUGCGCAAACAGAAGUGCUGAACUUUUUAUCGCAUCAGACACGGUAUCGCGAUACUUGCUUCUCCACCCUAUAUGGCGGCAAUCCUUUCCUGCCAUUCCGUCUCGAGCAUUUACCCGAAUCAAUAUUCAAGACCUUCGUCCCAAACUACUCUACCUCCGACAUGUUUGUCCGCCUCACGCUGCUCGAAAAUCACAUCAUGCUAUGGAAGCAGGUCUCAGGGGCGGAAUCUGUCGACACUCAGAACAUGCUUCAACAGUAUGAGCUGGGCCUGCAGCAAUGGCGUGUCGGGUUCUGGGCGGAGGAGCGAGGGGGAUUGACGAAUGCCAUGUCGUACUACGCCAUUAUCCGCUAUCACUGGCUCCGAAUCAUGCUGAGAUAUCCGCUCUUCUAUCAUGAGACCCACAGCCCUCCAUCUCAAACUAUCUGCUGUCAAGCCGCCACCGCCAUACUCAAGAUGUACGAUCAGCUCCGCAGCCUCACUGUCUUUCGCCCGACAUGGUUCGAGACUCGGCGGAUCAGUACGGCCGGUCAGGUGCUGCUGCUGUGCUAUCUAUCGGGCGAGCUGGGGAGGAAGGAGUUUGAGUCGAUGGCCGAGAUGACGGGCGACCUGUUGGAGAGGCUGAAGGCCGGCUGUUUGACGGCUGUAGCAGCAGAGGAGUCCUGGAAACAGCUAGUGCUGCUUGCUCGUAAGUGCUGUGAUGCCCAGGCCGUCAGAUGA